UGUGGCGAAGAGUUGUGUGCGGUGACUUGAGUGACUACGUAAACCGCCAGUUCUCCAUGUGACUUGAAGAUGACUCACUAAGUGUUCUCUCGCGUAUUUUCCACCUUUUCUUAAAUAUGCUAGAUUUUAAUUCUUCACCUCAUCGAAAAAACCGACUUAAUUUAGCCACAGUGACUCAUUAGAAGAUAAUUAGAAUUGCAUCAGUCGCUAUAAAAAUGGCAGUGUUCGGCAGUUUCUGUUUGAUUUUCUUGGUUUUGCGUUCGGUGGCAACCAUCGAGGAUUAUUGCUCUUUGAACACCUACAGCACCAAUGGGACUUACAUGCAGUUUACGAAAGAACCCAACGUGGACGAGUUCGCGAUCGCAGGGAAGUUUAAAGGACUACAUUGCUGCGCGAAAGGAUACCGCAGCAUCGAAUGGUAUAAAGACGGCAAACCGUAUCCGUGGCCUUUAAUGGUAUCACAGUUAAUCCUCUACCCUGAGAGUGCCAAUCAAACGGUAUACACACAGUCCGUUACGGAAGCCGACGCUGGAAAUUACACUUGUUUAUUGAGGAACGACUCCGUAGUUCACUCUCACACAAUCCAGCUCAAAGUCUUCGAAAAAAUUCCAGACGAUCCGAAAAUCACGUACGUGUCAAAGGACCACCAGGUGCCGUUGGGCCAACAGCUCCGCCUCUUCUGCGAGGCCUUUGCUGGACGAGUGGAUCUACCAGAUGCACACAAUGAGGUUGUGUGGCGCAAGUCGGGACAUAAUGGAACGCUUGAUGACGAGCCUCGAGUUAGACAGGAAAAAAUCUCCAGAGAGGACGGGCAAACUUUCGGUACUUACCUGAUAAUCGACAGCGUCCGGAGAGAAGACUUCGGCGAGUACGUCUGUAAAAUAAGCAAACCCGGAAAAAGCAUCGAGCAGCGGGUCUUUGUGGACGAAAAAAUCGAAGUGGAAUAUUUAAACCCUAAUCCCGUACCAGUGGCAAAGCUUCUCCUUUGCCUGUCUGCGAUUAUUUUUCUGUGCUUGGCGGUUGUGAUCCUCAAUCUUCAGUACGGUUUGCCGUUGCGGGUGCGCUUUAAGGACACCUUCGGCGUCGUUGAAGAAUCAGACGGGAAAACGAACGACGUUCUCCUUCUGUAUUCAUCAAAGGACAGCGAACUGGCUUUGGGGACCCUUUUGCCAAUCUUGGAAUCAAGAUACAAUUACAAAUGUGUCCACAGGGAACUCCCCUCGAGUAUCAACUACUGGUUCGGGGAAUUGCAAAAUGACGCUCUAAAGAGCCGCAGAAUUGUAACGCUUCUCUCUCCGCCAGUGGUUAGUGACAACUGGACUUCUGCGGCUAUUUACCAAGCUAUAAAACAGCUACAAGCGUUAGGGUCCAAGCUGACGAUUAUCACGCUGAAGGAGCUUCCACGAUGCGAGAAUGAAACGAAAAACUCGCACGGGGAGACGCUGACCAUUUUGUUGAGGACGAUCAAUGUAGUGCAUUGGGAGAGGACGAAGGAGGAGAAAUUUUGGCUUAACUUGAGGCUGCGGCUGCCUCCAAAAAGGCGAAAUGAACGACUGGUAGACGGUAGAAGUCAAACGCAGGGUAUAAAUUCUUCAAGACUGAGCAACGACUCUGAAGAGAGUUCCGAUCUUGUGUAAAUAUUUAUUAUAAUUUAAAAAUGUGUUGAAUUAUUGUAACCUUAGUAUUAUAUUUGUUCCAACUAUUACACUUAUAAAUAUAUGCUUAAAGUUUUGUGAUUUUCUAAAUACGUUGUUUUAUUUUGUAUUUUUUUAUGUAAAAUAAACGUCGUUCGAGCUGA